UAUAUAUAAUAAGUCUAAGCUCACAAAUGACUUUCUUUGCGACAUAGAAGGCGAUUGAUCCUCGUCGCUAGAGCCCCCCUCAUUGGAAGUAUCGGCCGCCAGCUUUCCAAUGUGGCUCUCGCCAACAUGGCGACCGACCAGAAAAUGCAGCAGGCCGUCGCACCAGCUAGCAGCAACUACAAAGGCUUCGUAGCGGGUGUAUUUUCCGGGAUCGCCAAGCUGUCGGUCGGCCACCCCUUCGACACAAUCAAAGUCCGCCUCCAGACGACCGACGCAACACGCUUCAGCGGCCCUCUACAAUGCGUAGCCCAGACACUCCGCCACGAGGGCGUGCGAGGACUGUAUAAAGGCGCGACGCCUCCGUUAGUAGGAUGGAUAUUCAUGGAUUCUCUCAUGCUAGGCUCCCUGACGAUCUACCGCCGAUUGCUCGCGGAGCACCUCUUCGUGCCGAAGCUGCCUCUCACCACUGUGCCGAACAACUCAUCUCCCUACAACCCCGUAGCCCACCUCCCGUCUUUCGGCCACGGCAUAGCAGGCGUCAUGGCGGGGUCCACAGUCUCUUUCAUCGCGGCGCCAGUCGAGCACGUCAAGGCGCGCCUGCAGAUCCAGUACGCGGCGCACAAGGCGGAGAGGCUGUACUCGGGCCCCAUCGACUGCGUGCGCAAGAUCUACGGCGCCCACGGCGUGCGCGGCGUAUACAAGGGCUUAGGCGCCACCUUGAUCUUCCGGUCGUUCUUCUUCUUUUGGUGGGGUUCGUACGAUAUCUUAUCGCGGUUGCUGCACGAGCGGACGAGCCUGUCAGCACCGGCCGUCAAUUUCUGGGCUGGAGGCUUAAGCGCACAGAUGUUCUGGCUUACGAGUUAUCCUAGUGAUGUGGUCAAACAGCGCAUAAUGACGGACCCAAUGGGAGGAAAGCUGAAGGAUGGGACGCCGCAGUUUAAGAAUUGGUGGGAGGCUGCGCGCGCCGUGUACCGCGAAGGCGGUGCGAAAGGGUAUUGGAGGGGUUUCAUACCAUGCUUUUUGAGAGCAUUCCCUGCGAAUGCCAUGGCCUUGGUAGCAUUUGAGGGCGUUAUGAGAGCUUUACCAUAAGAGAAAUAUAGAUACAUAGACUAGACUUGAGAUUCCUGCACGGGAAAACAAUGUAUAUCAGUGUCAUAGGAGUCCACAGGGGUAAAAACGGUACAUAGUCACGUUAGAAAUAUCAAAUAUCAGGAAGAAUUUUGCUUGGAG